GGUUAAAGUGAGUUAUGUGGUACGUUGGAAAAAUGUAUGAGGAGGGUCCAUGUUUCUGCUCUCAUUGUACAAAUAUGUUGGGAAGAAAAGAACAAACAAAUCAAAAAAAUCAUCAUUCUGUUUUUGCUGUAAUGCUUCCUCCUGCUCCAUUUUGGUUGAGUGAACUUCACUAUGAUCAGAUGUACUGGUAUCUUUGUGCGUUUUCAUCAUCACAGUGUACCACCGUCAUCCUUGCUAUCUCCUGGAUCUUUUAAAGGGACAGGCACUCUUUAUGCUGCCUCCCAUCUCUUCCUCUCUCCCUCUCUGAGCAUUUUUUCCCUCCACAGCAGUGCUUCGGUCUGCUCACCCGUGCAGUGAUGUGAGGCUGGAGAGAGAAGCUCCCUUUUUCACACUCAUUUGAUUAGGUUCCUUACGUAAUGUAGAUUUUUAUAUAACAAUGGCUUGAAAAUAUGUCAGGCGCACCAUGGGCAAUGCAAUGCAGAGCAUUUAUUAGUCACUGAGGCACACACACAUGCGACAGGGGAGUGUACACACACUGUAGCUCCAGUACAGAUCUGCCUGCUUUGGCAAUGCUGAGUCUGACUGAUAACGAUGCAGUUCUGCAGAAGGGUGCUCUGCCAGCCGUGUAGUGCCAGAGUCACUUCACCAGAGGAGGACAUGGAAUACAAGAUGGGGAGCUGCAUUGGAAUCUCACGCCGCCAGGCUGAAGCUCACAAGGAGAGUUUGGCCCAGAGGGACGAUAAAGCGCUGUUAACGGAAGCCUCCACCAGCCAGCAGAGUUUGCUGUCUCUACCAGUUCUCCCAGACGUCCCAGUCGUCACUGGAGUAGAAGAGAGCAGAGGUGCAGCUGGAGACCAGGUGGACAAGGAGGACGAGCUUGAGUUUCCUCAUGACCUACUGCCCAGUCUAGACUUCAGCAGUGAGCUCAACAUCUGGGAGUCCUCGCUGGGAACUCAGACUAGCUCAGGUGAGAGGAAAUGUGAGCAGGUGAACCCCCUGCUGGCGGGCCUGCAGCAUCACAUGGAAAUCAGUCGACCACUGGUGUCUCUAGACACAAGGCCUCAUGACAGCGACCCAGUUCUCACAGAUGCCCAGCAGUCACCAUGGCCCUCUGCCACACCUUACCCGGAUGUCCGACCCCCGACCCCUCCCCCAUCCUUGCUCCUAGACCGGGAACUCCAAGAAGCCUUCCAGGAAUGUGAAGAGCAAAUGGCCUCACUGGGCAUACUGAAUUCCACAGAGCCACCCAGCACCAUGUCUGAGACGGUUAAUGAUGUAGGGAAAAAAACUGGAGAAGUGAUGGUUAAUAAGUGCAAUGAGUCAUCGCCUCUGCCUCCAAUCGUAGUCCAACCAGGACAUAGCAACGGGGGCCAUGGAAACAAGAGUACACACGGAAACAGUAAGGCAGCAAACAGUCAGAAGGAUAUAGUUGUGUUUAGUUUUAGGAGUUACAUACUGGGUGCUGAGAAUAGUGACGGGCCAGCAGAGAUGGAGAGUGAAAUUAAAGCUAAACAGAGCCUGGAUAAAUGUCUAGAGAUCAAACCAGAAAAAAAAACAGAGAUAGAUGAGCAAAAGGAAACACCCACACAUACGCAAUUAGAAACAGCAACAAAUUCAUUUAAAGAAACUCAGAAAGACGUUGCAUUCACUGAGCAGAGCGACAAUCGUAGAGAGGAACAUGUUGACUCUAAUGCAGCUACUGAGGAAAAUGGCAUUAUUGGACGUAAGACACUAAUUAAGGAGGAAGAUACAAAGGCAAUAACAGAGACUGUAGACAUAAAGGAAGAAAAUUAUAGUGAUGAGUCUAGUAUUAACAUUUGUAUAGCUGAAACUGUAAAGAAAGAUGAUUCAGUAUGUGAAACACUGGACUGUAGUAAUCUUCAGUUAGAAGAUGAAGAUGCAUUUUCAGAGAUGCAGUCAGAGACACAGAUGGGAGCAAACAGUCACACUGAGGAGGGCCGGGAGUCAAAAACAGACAAAUGGAUGAAUUUGCCAAGUGACAAAGAGGCUGAGCAAGACAAAAAGGCACAGAGGAAAGAAAAAAAGAAACAAAGGAAGAAGAAAAAGAACACAGAGGCUGAACAGAAAGGAAAGACAGAAAAGCAACCUGACAAUGAUUUACAGGUGCUAUCACUUAUGAAUGCGGGGAAUCACACAGAUUAUGUGGCAAAUGUAGAAUCAGUGUCUCAGGGAGAUACUCAGGCUGUGAUAUUAGGGGAACAGCCAGAUAAUGGAUUUGACGACAAGCAACAUCUGAGUCCCGGGGGAAAACCCAGCUCCAGUCCUCCACUAUCAUCCUCUCCAAGCAGGCUGGAUCAUUUUACAGACUUGGCCUGUUCGCCUGUGUCCAGCCAAAAUCUUUCACAGCCUCAUCAAUCAAAUAAUCACAGCCAUGUGGAUACCCCAUGUGGCACGGAUCACUGUUCAGAUGAUAGCCCACAGCGGGAGCAACAUGCAACCGGGGGUGUCAUCAACAACCAAAAUACACCCAUGACAUGUGUCCAAACUACAGUUAUCAAUCCAGCUGCUUCUGCUGAUAAGAGUUCAGAUGCACAAACACAAGAGGGUAUAGUUGCCUCAGAAGGAGUGAUACUCACACAGGAAAAUCGAAGCCCACUCUCCAACAGUCGAACUUGUGUAGGAGAGAGUGGCGUGGAGAGUGCCCUUGAAGAGGCUUUAGUGGUGGUUGCUGCGUUGCCACUGACAACACCCACGAUGCCAGAAGUGAUAGAAAGCAAGGGAGAGGGAGAAAGCGUGAGGCGUGAUUCAUUGGAGAGACUAGCUACUGUAGCAAUCGUAAUUGAGAGUGAGAAAGCAGUAGGAGAGAAGCAUUCGGGAGGAAUAGAAAAGUGCCUCAGCUCUGCAGAGGGAGUGAAAGAAGGACUCCUGGACAGCCUUCCUCAGCUCUCAUUAAUCUGUUCACAGGAAAAACGCUCACUUGCAUUCUCAGCCAAAGAGGGACAGACUGCAUCUGAAGAAAGCUGCAGCAGUAAAAUGCCACACAACUCGGCUGAGACUGAAAUGAAGGGACCGGGAGAGGCAACCGUUCGCAGUGCAGACACAGAGAUCUCGCCAGCUGAAGAGGGAGCCAGAGAAAAUGAGCCACUCCGGUUAGAAGCCUAUAUCAAUACAUCUCCCCUUGGACUACUCACUGGUCCUGAUUGUCAGGAUCACAGUGCUGCGGGAUUGGAGGGAGCAGGAGAGGGAGGAGGAGGAAGAGGAGGAGGAGGGGGAGAGGAGGUGGAAAAGAAAGGAGGGCUGGCUAGAGAGCACAGUUCAUUCAGCCAGCCAGAAGGCUCUGCUAGUGGGGUGUCAUCAGCCGAGACUGAGACGUGUCCGCCCAUCGAUGUUGCCGAGUCACAGCUGAAGUCACAGGGCUGGAGUGAGCCUAUUGCUACCAUCACUGAGAGCAUCUGUACUGAAAAGGACCUUCUCUCUCACCCCUGCCAGGAGCAGCAUGGCGCAGCAUUUUCACCUCUCUCCACUCUUCCUGAGCAGAGCUCCAGCAAUACAAUCGGAGUGGUAAGGGCUGAUCUGAAACUGAAUUUGAUUUCAGACGAAGCACUGUCUUUGGGACACACUUUGGAACAAUCCAGCACAGAGACAAAGGGAAUCAACAGCCAAGUCUUCCUGUCUUUAAACUCACCUCAGCCUUUGACUACUUCGCAACAAAUCCCAGCCGAGCAACAAGUGAGCAACUAUCAACAGGUCCAACCUGAAAGUAGCACAUCAGAAGCCAGGACAGCCCAAAGUGCAUCUGAGUUCCAAGUCCAAGCCCAGCCUCAGAGCAAUAGAGGUAACCCUGCAAUGUCUGAAGUGGGUGUGUACGUGUGUGACAGCAGUGUACGAAACAACAGAGUUCACUUUGCGGACACUGUGAAACAAGAGGGCAGUUCCUCUGUGGAUCUCAGGAACAUGUCGAUGACGACCAUGGACUGCGCCUCUUUGCCUCCAUUAACUGUACAUGAGAGUUUGCACCAUCCUGUUGUCGAAGCCAGCUACACCUUCCCAGACUUCCUCAACUCAAAGAAGCCAGAAAUCCUCACAAAUGCAGCUCCUACAAAGGACGGACCAGCAAAAUGCCCAGCUGACUUAACAAAGCCCCAGAAAGAUGUCCAGUUGGAUAAAGGAGACACGGUGACUAAAGCUAUUAAGGAAAACAUCAACAUAGAUGAGUCAGCUACCUUGGAAACAAACACUGUGGAUUUACAGUCAGUGACCAAGCAGCCUCCUUGUCCUACUGAGAAGAAUCAGACUGGUAAUGAAGAAUGUUUUGACCUUUUACAAACAGCACAAAGUGCCAUCUCUAAUUCUGAUCAUCUAACAGUUGAACAAGUGACAGCAAAGGAGAUAAAGCAAGUAGAGGUGGAGAGCACUGCUGUAAACCUUUGUUUGUCAAAAGAAAAAGAGAUAGUUAAGUCACAAGUUGAGUCUUGCCAGCCUCAGGAGACACCUUUAAUAAGUCAUGCUACUGUCAUUGUUGAAGAAAAAGAAGGUAACCAACCAACUUCCUUAUGUUCAGUGUUGCCAGCUGGCGAUGUUACCUGCAAGCCUUUAAAAGAUGUCACUGAGUUACCUGUUGAGCAGCUCUCUACUGACCUCGACACCAGUUCAAAACCUGAAACUGUGACCUUGACCUGCACAGCCUCUCUUCAGGCGAAGCCUAGUGACCCCAGUUGUCAGCCUCCCGCCCAAUCCGAUCAAGCACCUCCUUGUGGAGCAGUUACCACAGAUCCCGUGAAGGCUAGUGAAGGGUCCACAAUACCCUCUGUUGAUUUGACAAAGGAUGAAUCAAUUCCAGAAGUGACAGCGCCUGACCAGUCAAUUCCUGUUAUCGAGCAAUGUGCCAGUAAUCCUACUUUCACGCUGCUGCCUCCUGGCCCAAUGUUGAGUCACUUGGAGUUCAUUACUGACUGUGAUAUCUCGCUUCCUGAGCAGACAGAUAACCGCAGUGCUGACGGUGACAGCACCAAAGUCUCUGGGGAAGCAGAAAUGACACAGAUGUCUUUAGUACAGGAGGCAAAGGACAGUGAAUUUAAUGUUAAAGCAGAUGAGACUUGUCCAAAACUGGAGGACAGAAAUGAUGCUAUGGAAUCUGAUGCUGAACGUACAAAUUCUGCGGUCAAUAAUGUAAAUAUUCCAUUUUCACAAGAGAAAAAUUUGUCUCCUCCAUUUCAGCCUGGUGGUGCAUUAUGUGUACCGGCAAAGGGUGGAUCUAAUAAUAUAAUUUCUCUAUCUCACACCGAGCCAGACUCCACUGGCAAUAAACCUGGAGUUUUUGAAGCAUCCAUUAAGGAUGACCUCAAUAAUGUCAGCUGUCCACUCAGCUCUGAUCUGCCUACCAACAAGGCAUAUGAUGAAAUUAAACGAGACAAUGUAAAAGAGAAACACAAGAUUGGAGAUCAAACCUUUGCGCUGUUUGAAAAGGAAAAGAAACAAAUUGAAGAGCCAACAAUGGAUAAUAAAAAGGAAACAGCAGACAGCAGCAAGCUGCAGACAGGGGAGACAGUGACAACACCACAGCAGAGUAAUGGGCUAGAUAAAGUGGCUGUAGAGGAAAUCGGAGACCUGCAGCCACCACAUGAACAUAAAGUACAAAAGACUGAAUUACCAAUAGGAGAUAAGAAGGAAGGAGAAAAGAAAAGUGGUAUUGCAUCUAAAAGCCUGAAAGAGACAACUGCCUUAUCGUCUGACAGACCUGUCGGGUCAUCUGAGGACAUGCUAAGUGCUGAGGUAGAGUCUGGUAGUGAACUUCAGACUGUUUAUGACCUGAGUUUGCGCCAAACUACGACAGCAACACUGGAACGCAGCUUUGACAGUGACACGGCACCAGAUUUAAGUGUGGCUCUUAGCCAAUCACAGUCCACAACAGAUCCAAAGUGUUUUGCUCAGCAACAGGAGCAACAGCAGCAACGUCUGGGAUCCAGACAUCCCACAGAGGAAUUGUCAGGUGGCUGUCUAGAGGGGGAAGAAAAGACUAAUAGUCAGGUCAGGCAGACCCAAGCACUGGUUUCAGAUGUACAAGUGGUAGCAGAGGAAGGAGAUGGCUCUGUUGGGAGUUUGUGUCAGUCAGGAAGCAGGGAUGACUUGACAGGUGAUGACAGCAGUGCCAAUGAACGAGUGAUAGGUCUAGAAAAAGGCGAGGGAGAUGGAGAACGAGCUGCACCGGGAGCUGACAGGGUUUAUGUGCUGUCUCACCUUGCCAAUGAUUUAAAUGAGAGUGGAAGGGCUGCUGAGAGAAAUGCCUCAGCGGACACGGGGAUAGUAACAGUGUGCUCUCAUGUAGGUGAGAAAAGACAGGGGAUGGAUGAGGAUAAAAGCCCCAGGUUAGGGAUAGUUGGGUCAGCUACAGAUUUAAUGCUAGACAGUGAUCUGCAUGGUAAAGGUCAGAAAAAAAGCAAUCUAUCAGCUGCCUGUCAAGACCAACAUGGAGAACCUGAGACCUUAAAAAACAUUGCUGUGCCUGUUAAGUCUGCAUUGCAGGAAUGUGAGACAUCACCUUUCCCAAACUCUGUUUCAAAGGUCAGUACAGAUAGUGUUGACAUUCAUACAAACAUUUUUCCGAAAGCAAACCAGGCUGAAGAAAUUCAUACAAAAACAUCGAGUACUCUGCCAGAUCCUGUUGGGCAACCAGAAACUGUGGAAAUGGAUUUCAGUUCUGUCACGGCUGUGAAAAGCAAAGGUAGUGAUAUUCAGGAUACAGUGUGCAACUCUCUUGAGCUACAAAGCUCCAAUAUAACCUCAGCCACACAAGGCAGGCCAGUAGCACAAACAGCCAUAAAAGGCUCUGAUGUAGAGGAGAUCAUAAAGGGAGAUAAAGCAGCUUUGGUCGAAGAGAAAGCUAGCAGCCAGGGGAAGGGACAAAAUGAGACAAAAGAGCCAAACAAUGAAACAACGGAAAAACAGAGGGUCGUAAAUCUAAGCAGGAGUGCUAACAACAGUGGCUUGGAAUCAAUUAACGUUUCAGACAUCUGUGAAAGUGGCCUGUUACACAGCAGCACCGAGACUACUGUUUGUCACUCUGAGGGGAACAAUGGUUUUUCAAAGGCAACAGAAAAUGACAUUGAUAUAACUCCUGGCGUUACCAUAGUCCCAUCUGUUAUUUCUGCAAAAUGCCCAGAAGAUUCUGCACUGACUGCUCCCACAGCCCCUACCCAGACCGAGAAACCACAUGAUCAGAUGCCCCAAGAUGACAUUUUGAUCAACCCCAUCGCUGCUGCCUCCCAGUUUGAGGGGAGAUCACUUGAAAAAGCUCCUACCUGCAUCUCACCUGUUGAACAAGUGUCUGUGAAUACAGAGGCUGCCGAUGUGUCAGAGGGUCCAGCCCGAGAGCCAGAUACAGACUGGAUAAGAGCACUAAAAGAAGCUGCAUCCCAUUCUCAGAGUAAAGAAAAGAAUACAGUGGAAACCUCAAGACCCCUCCCAUCUCUGGAGUCCCCUCAACUAGAGUUUCUUACUCCGACUGAGGAGAUAGCUGCUCCUCUGAAACAGGAGGAGAUCCCAUCACUGGAGCAAGCAGCAGAGAAGGCAACAGAGAUACCACCUCGAAAUCUUGUGACGAAGCCAGUGGAUCUUCCUGAGCCUUUAAAGAAGACUGCAGAUCUCCUAGAUCCAACACAGUCAACAGUAGAGCACCGAGAACCAACACAGAGCACAAAAGUAGAGCUCCCAGAGGAAACGAAGAAAGUAGAGCUCCCAGAACCAACCAAGAAAGAAGAAGAGCGUCCAGAAGAGCUUCCUGAACCAAAAAGACAGCCAGUAGCUUCUUCAGAAUUAACAGAGGAGCCAGCCAAGCUCCUAGAACCAACAAAAAGCACAUUACAGCUCCCAGAACCACUGAAAAAUGAAGAACCAGGACCAACAAAAACAACAACAGAGUCUGUAGAACCAGAGAAGAAGCUGCCAGAGGAGCCAGUGGAGAAACCCGAGGAGCCAUUUAAAGUGCCAGCUGAGAAAACUGCUGAAACAAUCCAGGAUCCUGUUGAGGAGCUACAGGACAGCUGGCCCUCCCACGCUGAGCAGGCAGAGAGAGGUGACCGUGAUCCUUCCUCUCUCCCGCCUCCUACUUCCGAAUACCACUUCCUGCCUGCCCUCCCUCCUCACCUCCACGACACCACCGAGUUCCCCACUCCUCCUCCCACACCCCCGGGGAGGCACACACCUGAAGCUGUACCUACCCCACCUGCAUCUCCCCAUCUCCCUCCACCCCCUCCUCCUCAUACAGCCCUUGCCCCAUCCCCUGUACCUUCUACUAACCAGCGUGAGGACCACUGCCCUGCUUCUGCACCCUGUCACCCCCCUUUAAGGAGCUCAGAUUCUGAUGGAGCAUUUGAAACCCCUGAAUCCACAACUCCAGUGAAAGCCGUUUCUCCUACAGAACCCCAAACUCAGCAACUACUGUCCGAUAACAAAGUAACAGAUCCCUCAGUCAGUGAUUCCAUCCCUGACUUGACUUCAGCUGAUGCACCACGCCGCUCCCCGUCUAUUGUUUUUGAUGAGGACAAGCCCAUUGCAGCCAGUGGCACCUACAAUAUUGAGAUUUUGGCUACAGAUUCAACAAGUCAUACUCUGACCCGUUCACUCAGCCUCCAGGGAGGAGAAUUAGACACUACUGGCCUGUCAGACGGUUCAGCAGCCGGAGGUUUCCGUCCACAUUCUGAAUCCUUCAGUGUGGGCACUGAGAGUGCACCAGGGACACUCCACAGGCCGAAGAAAGUCCGUCCUGGGUCUGUGAAGAAGAAGCCUCUUCUUAGACAAAACUCCAACCCAGAGAGUGCAAGGCCAGCCUCAUCUAGCAGCACUCCAGAGAUCAAGAAAAGGGCAAAGCCACGUACUGCUAAUCCACUCCAGGCUCAGGAGGAAGCAGAGGGAGGAUCUACAACCCCGAGUCCUGGAGGAACCCUCCGAAGGACCAGGAAGAGCCGCGUGGAGACUCCUCCUCCUCUGCUAGAGGAGACCAAUCAUACCAGCCCAGAGGAGAGUGUUGCCAUCCCAGCCCUACCCUUGUGCCACGAGGAGACCCCUGUUUGUGGUAGUCCAACAGGCAAAGACGAAUCGCCCAUCCCCCCUAGUUCCUCCUACAAAUGGGAUCCGGAUAACUUUGAGAACAUAGACCCUUUCAACACUGGAGGUAGUAAAAUUGCCAAUUCCCCUGUUCUGGAUCGUAAAGGUCCUGUGUGUGCUCCAAUUGCCACUCCUCCAGAGAGUGCCUGUCUCUCUGCUGUGGAGCCGUGUCCUCCAGCUCCUCUUGUAGAGGAAAUAACCAACCCGGAAGAGCAACCCAUUAUACCCAAACGUCAGUCAGUAAGGCUGGAGUUUGACUACUCUGAGGAGAGCAGUGAGGCAUCACACCAGGCCUCUCCCCCACCCAAGAAAGUGGGCAAGAAGCCCGGUGGCAAGAUGCCUCUCAGGAAACCAAAGCUGGGUAUCAAGAAGGCCCCUCCAGCACAGACGGAGCAGCUGGACAAUGAUCCUCCAUCAACCCAAAAUGGCAAUGCAGAGGAAAUCCCUGUUCAUAAAGCAUCUUACAACUUUGAACCUGACAAGUGGGAUGAUCCGAACUUCAAUCCAUUUACUUCUAAAAAAGCGAUCUCCAACUCACCCAAACUUCCCAGGCCAUCUUAUACCUUUGACCCCAGUAACUUAGAUGACUCCAUAGACCCUUUCAAAUCCUCCAAUAAGAUGGCCAACUCACCUCCUAAGGCCUCUGCCUCCUUUGAACUGUCAUCCAAUGACUAUGACAAUGAGAAUGACAAUGAUAACAUUGGGGAACUGGAGGACCAAAACCAGAACAAACCUACGAAGAAGAAGAAAACUCCUAUCAAAUCGAAGUCCAGGGGUGUGUCUUCUCUAUGUUGUCUGUUUAAUACUUUCAGAGUGAAGAGGUCGCCAAAGAAAUCCCCGUUGUCUGACACAUCCCAGGAUCCUACGCCCACAGAUGAACCUUCCUCCCUCCACCCACAGGAUGACCACGCCACAGAUGAGGAGAAGCUGGCUUCCUCCACCAGUCAUAAGUCUUGGCAGGCAGCUCUGCAUGACAUGGAUGCAGAUUUGAACUCAGACCAACAAGACUUUCCCCAGCCAUGCGACCUUACAUCCUUUGUUAAUGAGAACAGUCUUCCUCAUCAGGCUCCAGCACAAGACUAUGAGAUUGAGUACAUGGAGAAGAUUGGCUCCUCUUCGCCUCCUCUGUCUGUGAAGAAGCCAUCUUUGUACCUGAAGCUGGACUCUGUAUCUGACAACUUAACCAAGAAUACACAUGCACAUGGAUCUGAGCCCAGCUCCCCCUGUACAGGGAGCUUUGAGGAGAUGGAGGCCCAGAUAACAGCGGGUAUGAAGACACCGGUGUUGAGCUCCCGGCCUGGUCCCGAGGGCUCUGCUGGGGACAAGGGCAGAAAGAGAGAAAGCGAGGCACUCAGCCGAACACAGAGCUCAGAGAGGGAUGAGCAGCCCCCUAGCCAGGGCCCUGUGGAGGCCCCUGCUCCAGCCCUGGCCAUGCCCCUGUUAGACAGGCUGUCUGAGUGCGAGGACCCCCUGCAGUACCUGGAGCCUGACCUGGCUGAGACCAACCCCACUGCAUUCGCCCAAAAACUACAGGAGGAGCUGGUGCUUGCUGCCCUGAGGAUAGAGGCUCUGCAGGUAGCCAAAAACAUCUCUCAGUGUCCCUCCUUCUCUACUGUAACUCCCCAGCACAGAGACUUGUCCUCUCCCAUAGAGAGUGCCGUGUCCAAGAACUCACUGUACACCAGGACCACCAACUACAUCGAAGGGGAGAGUCCCCACCUGCCCAGAGAGCUGGACCACUCGCUGGGGAUUGCACGAGAGGAGAUUGUGACCAAGGAGAAAGAAGUGCUGGAGUGGCAGAGGAAGUAUGAAGACAGCCGACAGGAAGUGGUGGAGAUGAGGAGAAUUGUUGCUGAGUAUGAGAAGACGAUUGCACAGAUGAUUGGCAUGCCAGAGGAUGACCAGAAAGAGAAGUCUCUCUCCCACCACACCAUCCAGCAGCUUAUCAUGGAGAAGGACCAGGCGUUGUCCGACCUCAACUCUGUGGAAAAGUCUCUGGCCGACCUCUUCCGGCGUUACGAGAAGAUGAAAGAUGUACUGGAGGGCUUCCGCAAGAAUGAAGAGGUCCUGAAGAAGUGCGCUCAGGAGUAUCUGUCCAGGGUCCGCAAGGAGGAACAGCGCUAUCAAGCCCUGAAGAUUCAUGCAGAAGAGAAACUAGACAAGGCUAAUUCAGAAAUAGCUCAGGUGCGAGCCAAGGCCAAGCAGGAGCAGGCUGCCUACCAGGCCAGUCUGAGGAAGGAGCAGAUGAAGGUGGACUCCCUGGAGCGCACUUUGGAGCAAAAAAACAAAGAGAUCGAGGAGUUGACAAAGAUCUGUGAUGAGCUGAUCGCCAAGAUGGGGAAGAGUUAGCGAACACCUCCGCACCCAAGCCAAAUCUCACAGAGGAGCGGUGGUGGAAAAUGAAGCGGAUCAGUAAUAUUUACCUCUCUUCCGGGGACUGAUGGACAUCAAUGGCCAAAAUGGUCUUGGAGUUAAAUUUCCUACUGACUUUGUGUAUACAGGAUCCACAGGAAUGGCUUCCUUUAAAUCACUCUGUACAUUUUUGAUGUGUCAGUGUAUCGUACUGUAUCGGGGGUCUGGUUUAACGUUUUAGAAUAUGUAUCAUAUCACUAAUGAGUGUGUCUGAGUGUGUGAGAGUGUGUGUAUGAUAAUGAGAAAAGUGAGAGCAUUGUUUGUGGGUUAAAUUAUCUAUAAUGAUGUUGCCAUGACAGCCACUGAGGGAGAAGACUGUUUAACCGCUCCUGUUGUUGUCUCCUCUUAAUACAAGAGAAAGAUAGACUUUGAAAAAGAGUAACAGAGACUUAGAUUAUAAUUCAUAAAAUGUUGAUACACCACUAUGAGAUCACAAACUAUCACAAUAGUUUACUGCAUGUGAGAGAAAGAAGAACUUGUAAUGUUAAUGUUUUUUAUAUACUGUAGGAAAUUCCAAAUAUGAAAAAGACUCAUCUGCAUUUUUGAUAGUUACUCCGUCAUCCUCAGCCCGCUUCCGUCAUGUAACCUUGUAGAUAUUUGUCAUACUUGUCAUAGCUUUCUCGAUGAAAUUGUGGGACUAUUUUUUGGAUUUUAUUUUGAUAUAAAGCAAACUAAUCGUGACUGUAUUCAGUUGUGACCAGGAGUUAUUUAAUUUUGGAUGGAUAUGUCCUAGUCCUGCUAUGGUUGUUGUGUCACACUGAGGAAUAACUUCUCUGCACAGCUACUGUACAGCAUCUGCUUACAACGUGCAAUAAAAGAUGGCAAUACA